GUCGAACUUUGUGGACACGCAACUUUAGCUGCAUCCCACUUUCUUUUCACGUACGGAUUCGUGAAAUCAAAUGCGAUCGAGUUCUCAACCCUUUCGGGUAUUUUGACAGCCAAAAGGGUACCCGAUACAAGAAAGGAGUCUGACUCUUUGAAUGGAAACUCACCCGAUCACAGCUUUCUUAUCGAACUUGAUUUUCCGGCGCUAUCCAUAACAGAAUACACUGGUUCUGUGGAUGUUUUAUCCAUUUCUAAAAGCUUGAGUGGUGCCCCUGUGAAAGAAAUCAAGAACACAACUGGAGAUGACCUUCUUGUCGUACUAGCAUCUGGGGAGGCUGUUGUAGAAGCACAACCCAUUUUGGAUGAGAUACAAAAGUAUCCCGGGAGAGGAAUGAUCAUUACUGGACUUGCUCCAACUGGCUCGGGAUUUGAUUUUUUUAGUCGCUUUUUCUGCCCGAAUUUCGGGAUAAAUGAGGAUCCUGUAUGCGGAAGUGCUCACUGUGCAUUAGCAGCUUACUGGAGCAACAGGCUCGGAAAAUGUGAUUUAAUCGCAUAUCAAGCGUCGCCAAGGAGUGGCGUGCUAAAUAUACAUUUUGACGAGAAGAAACAGAGAGUGUUGCUUCGUGGGAAGGCCGUUGCUGUAAUGGAAGGUGUUGAUAUCAGCAUGAAUACGCAUCUGAAGACUGUAAAGCUUACUCUUAAGGGCAAAAAUCCAGUGAAUAUGGAUCACCUUAGUAUGGCUGAGCCGGCCAGGAAUCGGCUGCAAAGCACGUUACAGGCGGUGGUUCAAUCGAUCCGGUGGACGUAUAGCCUUUUCUGGAAAAUUUGCCCCCAACAAGGGAUUCUAGUAUGGGAUGAAGGUUACUACAAUGGAGCUAUAAAGACUAGAAAAACCGUUCAACCGAUAGAAGUCUCGACCGAAGAGGCCACUCUCCAUAGGAGCCAACAACUAAGAGAAUUAUACGAAUCACUCUCCUCCGGCGAGUCCAACCACCACACACGGCGACCUUCGGCGGCACUUUCUCCGGAGGACUUGACGGAAUCCGAAUGGUUCUACCUAAUGUGUGUUUCCUUCUCAUUUGCUCUUGGAGUUGGUUUACCUGGAAAAGCUUAUGUAAAGAGGCAAUAUAUGUGGCUUACAAGAGCCAAUGAGGUAGACAGCAAAAUCUUCUCUAGAGCCAUUCUUGCUAAGACAGUUGUUUGCAUUCCUCUGCUAGAUGGAGUCCUUGAACUUGGAACAACUGAAAAGGUUCAAGAGAAUAUUAGCCUAAUCCGACGUGUAAAAUCCUUCUUCUCACACGAGGGCCCAAACCCUAACAACUACCAGCCAAGGCCCGUUCCCUCGGAGCACUCCACAUCCGGCCCACCAGUCCAUUCGGAAGCCCAUUUCAACUCUCCUGUAUUACCUCAGGAACCCCUGCUCCUUCCAUUAGCUGACAGCCACGUGGCAAAUGGAUUGGACGGCGAAGAAGAAGGCGUCGGGUCGGUUUCGGAUCCGAACCACCCCAACUCCACAGCCCAGCCCAUGCAGCUUCAUGCGUGUGCGGAUAUUAUCCAGUUUAUUAGGUCCACAGAUAAUGGGCCGGAUCCUUUGGGCCCAAAUUUCAAUCUCCUGGCCAUGGGCCGAGGCGGUAGCUCGCCAGAGAACCACGAUCUCGAGGGCUUUGCGGAGGCUGGGUAUCCCAUGAAUAGUAGUGACCUUCAACCACCACACUAUUCAGGUUUCGUAACAUGCGACGAAACGGAGGCAGAGGACAACCACUACUCUCAAACGGUGACCUCCAUCCUCGAAACCCACUCCACCCACCACCCUUCCAGCCAUUCCACCCCUUUCCCUACCACCGCCGCCACAACCGCCUUCCUCCGGUGGCUGCCACCCGCCGUCGCUGUCGCCACCCUCUGCCGCCACAACCACCACGGCUCCUCCUCCCAACGUACCCUCAAAUACAUCCUCCUCACCGUCCCUCUCCUCCACAACCCCCCGACGCUGAACGACGAGCCCAAAGGCGACCACGUCCAUGCAGAGCGCCGUCGCCGGGAAAAGCUUAACGAGCAGUUCGUGGUACUAAGGUCACUCCUCCCAUUCACGACAAAGACCGACAAGGCCACCGUCUUGGCCAACGCCAUCGAUUAUCUGAAGCAGCUGAAAAAAAGAGUACACGAGCUCGAAUCCGAGAGGACGUCUAGGGUUUUCGGAGGCGGGCAACAACGAAUGGCAACAAAAUCGCGGGUGGAGGUUUCGAUUAUCGAGAGGGACGCGCUUGUGGAGAUCGAGUGUCGGGAGAGAGAGGGUUUGUUGGUCGAGUUGAUGCAGUCGCUCGAUGGGGUUGGGGUGACGGUGACAGCUGUGCAGUCGUCGACCAGAGACGGGUUUUUCGCAACAGAAUUGAGAGCUAAGGUGAAAGAGAACAUGAACGGGAAGAGGGCAAGUAUCAUAGAAGUGAAGAGACUAAUCAAUCGCAUUAUAGCUAAAUAA